GUGCCCUUGGCUGAUGGAUGUUUGCUUCGUUGAUUGAGAGAUUACCGGGUUAUUGUCCACAAUGCCAGCGAUCAAGCAUGCCGUGAAAAUUAAUGUCGACCUGGGCGAAGGAUACGGCAACUUCAAGUGUGGCCCGGACGAUGAGCUAAUCCCCCUCAUUGAUCAUGCCAAUGUCGCCUGUGGGUUCCACGCUGGCGACCCUUUGAUCAUGCAGCAGACCGUCCUCGCCUGCAAGAAGCACGGCAUCGCUGUCGGAGCACACCCUGGUCUCCCGGACAUACAAGGGUUCGGACGGCGCGAGAUCAAAAUGACUCCCGAGGAAUUAACAGCUGCGGUUCGGUACCAGGUUGGGGCGCUCAAGGCAUUCUUAGACGUCGAGGGGAUGCUACUGCACCACGUUAAGCCACACGGAAUACUCUAUGGCAUGAUGUACAGAGAUAGGGAUAUCUGCAGAGCAGUAUAUAAGGGCGUGCCGAAGGGAACAAGAGUGUUUGGACUCGCGGGAACGAUACAAGAGGAAGUUGCCAAAGAGUUAGGUUUGCCUUUUACGGCGGAGAUAUACGGUGAUGUGAAAUACAAUGCAGACAAGACCCUGGUUAUCGACCGGAAGAAGAAGCCAUGGCAUCUAGACGAUAUAAAGAAGCACGUGCGAGCCCAGGUCGAUAACGCUUCCGUCACUGCCGUCACUGGCGAAGAGCUUCAGCUACCACUCGGCGAUUAUCCUGUUUCGCUUUGUUGUCAUUCUGACUCCCCAGGCGCAGUAGAGAUUGUCACAGCAGCACGGGAGAUCGUCGACGAGUUCAAUACCAAGUACUUCCCAAAAUCGUAAAGGCCCGGGCGUUUUCAUCCCACCUUAUGUCUUACACAAUUUUAGUAUACAUAUGAGCGCACAGAUCUGUCAGGGGGAUUUUUUUUUUGUUGCCACUUCGCAGUGUUAUGAGCCAUGCCAAGAUUCAAGGCCGACUUUGUUUCUUUCACUUCUGCCUUUCUUCCCACAUAUUCCCAACUACUCCGUUCAAUUCAGCCAUCCUCGCAGUUGUCAUAAGUCUCUUCUUUCCCCCGCUCUCCUCUCCCUCUGUGCGUCAGGCCCCGUCACGUUUUUAGAGGACAAAUUUGACAUACUGGAUGCUUCUCCGCUUUUAUUUAAGCCCUGGUUACUAACCAACCUGCUUCCUGUAGCAAAUUGAAUAAUUCGCUAUGGCGCUAGAAACUAGAUUCGAAGGUAAAUAUGUUUCCAGCUCGGGACAACUACUCGCCAGCUUUCAGACUCGGCC